AUGCCUCUUGACCAACCUCCCAAAGCAGAUCAUAUUUUCUACACAAACACCAUGCUUAAACUCCAUCAACAUAUCCUGACUUACUUGUUCACCAUUGAAGAGAUUAACAAGAAUCCCAAGCUCUUACCCAAUAUCAGCCUUGGCUUCCAUGUGUUUGAUGAUUACUUUAAUAACCAGAUCACAUACCAGAACACCAUUCAUCUACUCUCCAGUGGGGAUAGAAGAAUCCCUAAUUAUAGAUGUGAGAGGCAGGACCACCUCUUAGCCAUCAUUGGGGGACUCACCUCUGAAACCUCCAUUGCCAUGGCAACUGUCUUGGGCAGCUACAAGAUUCCACAGAUCAGUUAUGGUUCCUUUGCUCAUGAACUGAGUGACAAAUUUCGAUACCCCUUUUUAUAUCGGAUGGUUCCUAACCACCACCUUCAGUUAUCAGGGAUAGUGCAAUUACUUCUGCAUUUUCAGUGGAAUUGGAUUGGGAUUGUUUCUUUUGAGAAUGAAGCUGAAGAUUAUUUUCUUCAAAGUAUUACAGCCUUGUUCACCCACCAUGACAUUUGUACUGAUUUCAUACUAAGAUUACCAUAUAUUACUUUUGGUGAGAAGUACGAAGCGCGACUCUUCAUGCAAACUAUGCACUAUGAACCAUUGAUCAAGAGCAGUGCAACUGUUGUUGUUAUCUCUGGUGAUUGUUAUGCCUACUUAUUCUAUCAAUUUAUUCCAAGUGGGAAAGUGUGGAUCUCAACGGCCCAGUGGGAUUUCACGGCAGCAUAUGUAUCAGAGAAGUUCCAUGGUGCUUUCUCCUUCUCGGUUCAUUCUAAAGAGGUGCCAGCAUUCACGGAAUUUCUCAAGAACAUGGACCCUGGGUCGACUGAAAGUGAUUGCAUUAUUCAGAGGUUUUGGCAAAGUAUAUUCAGCUGCUGGACACCAAUAUGUAAUUAUUCUAUGUUCGACCAAAAAUGUACAGGAAAUGAAAAGUUAGAAGAUGUGUCUGAAUAUUUUGAAUUGAGCAUGAGCGGCCAGAGCUACAGUAUCUAUAAUGCUAUCUAUGUUGUGGCUCAUGCUUUACAUGAUAUGCUUUCAUCAAGCUCCAAUGAUAAAGCAAUGAAGACUAAUGAAGACAAACUGAAUAUGUGGAGACAGUAUAUGGAGAAUGAAGACAAACUGAAUACAUGUAAUCAGCAGCCUUGGGAGCUUCACCCAUACUUAAGCAAUGUCCGGUUUAACAAUAGUGCCGCAGAUGAGGUGUUUUUUGACAAGAAUGGGGAAUCUGCAGUAGGAUAUAACAUUAUCAAUUGGAUCAUUUUACGAAAUAAAACAUUUACAAAAAUACAAGUGGGAAGAAUGGAUCCCCAAGCACCUUCUGGCAAAGCAUUUAAGAUUGAUGAGAACCUCAUUCAGUGGCCGACUGGAUUUAAACAGGUGGGAAAAUUUGCUGACUGGUGCCAUGUGGCAAAGAACAAUGAGAAGAUGAAUGCCAAGACAUGUGAACAGUGUCCAGUCAAUGUAUACCCUAACAAACAGAAGACUCGAUGCAUUCCUAAGGUUAUAACCUUUCUAUCCUAUGAAGAACCUCUGGCAACUAUUUUGGUUUUCUUUGCCGUUCUGUUUUCCUUGAUGACUCUUUUGAUUCUGGGGAUUUUCAUUAAGCACCACAAUACACCCAUAGUCAAAGCCAACAACCAGGGAUUAACCUACGUUCUUCUCAUCACCCUCAUGCUCUGUUUUCUCUGCUCAUUCCUAUUCGUCGGAAGGCCUGGGAAGAUAUCCUGUCUUCUUCGACAAACAGCUUUUGGCAUCAUCUUUACAAUGGCUGUUUCAUGUGUGCUGGCAAAGACCAUCAUUGUACUUCUGGCUUUCAUGGCUACAAAACCAGGAAGCAAAAUAAGAGAAUGGGGAGGAAGGAGAUUAUCAGUAUCCAUUGUCCUUUCCUGUUCUCUUAUUCAAGCUGGGAUCUCUGCAGUUUGGCUCGGAACCUCUCCCCCAUUCCCAGAACAUGACAUGCACUCACAGCUUGGACACAUCAUUGUGCAAUGUAAUGAAGGCUCACUCACCAUGUUCUAUAGUAGUCUGGCUUUCAUGGGUCUUUGGGCUAUGGCCAGUUUUGUUGUGGCUUUUCAUGCUAGGAAUCUGCCAGACACUUUUAAUGAGGCCAAGUUUAUCUCCUUUAGCAUGAUGAUAUUUUGCAGUGUGUGGGUAUCAUUUGUUCCAACCUACCAAAGCACCAAAGGCAAAUACAUGGUGGCUGUGGAGAUCUUCUCCAUCUUGCUCUCUACGGCAGGACUACUCACUCUAAUAUUUUUUCCUAAGUGCUAUAUUAUUGUUGUAAGGCCUGAUCUGAACACCAGGAAGGAGUUAAGGAAGAAAACAAUCUCCAGUGAACAAUUCCUAUCUGCUCCCUAG